AUGAACUACUACCAUAACAGAAACAAGGAAACAAAACUUUAUAAAUCCAUAGCUCUUAUAGUAAAAGUCAUUCCUGCAACAUACAUUGCUAAACUUUUUCAUUUAUUAGGUUUGAAAGAAUGUGAACCACCAGAGACUAUUGGAAUAUAUUGGUCUAUCAGAUGUGAAAAAUUUAAACUUAAAUAUGCUAUUAAGAAGCAUCUCUGGGAAGUACAAAAAGUUGGUUAUAAUGUUAGAUUCCAAUUAUCAAGAUGUUUCGACUUUUUCGCCAAACAUUUUGAAAGAGCUAAAAAGUCUUUUAUCUCAAUUUCAAAUGUUCUCAUCAAAAAGGAAUUCAAAUCAAACCCCAAAGGACAAUUAACAACAACAGGUGAGAGAGAAUUAUGUUUUCCGUCAGAAAUUUGGUUGAAGAUUGUUGAUUAUGACAUAAACCCAGGAAGUUUGAUUAGAGUCAACACAAAAUUAUUCAAUUUAAUAUCACCAAUGGUUUAUAACUCAUUUCACUUGGACUUGGUAUUAAGCUCAACCUAUCUUUUACAAAGACAAUACUCACAUUACUUAGAAUAUGCAGAUCGCUAUUACAUUCAUCCUGAAGAUCCUUAUAGACUCUACCAAAAUUUCCAAAAAUCAAAGACAGCCAAGUAUGAGUUCUUGGAUACAUCUCAUAGAAAAUUCCCAGGUGAAAGCUGUUAUACAUCCAGUUGUGAGUUAAGCUCAGGUGCAGUUGUAUCUAUCGAAACAAAGAUAUUCAGAGACUUUGAAGAUGUUAAAAGAUUUCUCAACCUCACAAUCAACAAUGAAAACUCUUAUUUUAAACAAUUUGUUCAAGAGUUGAGUACCAAUAUCACCAUAAUUGAUGAUUUUAAUGAUUUGUUUGAAGAUUGCUUUGAAAAAACCAUUAAAGAACUCUCAAAGAAUGAAGCGCUCAAUGUUUUAACAUGUGAUCCAGAAUCGUUUCAUGUCUUUGAUUUCUUCGAUCUCGAAUACGAAAAUUAUAUUAGAGAAAAUACCAAGCCACAACUAGGCUUCGGACCAUGGUUUGAUUUGGUAUCCAAUUUAUACUUACCUUUCAAAGAUAUAUUUCCAGAGGCACCUUAUUACAGGGAAAUUGUUAUCGCUGGAAUCCUUUUUGACCAUCUUCAAGAUCAUAAGAAAAGAAGAAAGUUACAUGAUAUAACAACUCAAAGUGAUUUAGAAGCUUCCAACCCAUUCAAUGAUUGGAGUUUGAUGAGUAAACCUAAAGGUGAUUUUGACUCCAAGAAAGAGGCAGUUUUAAAAGGUCCAGGAACAGUGAAAGUCCAUGAUCAUCAUUUUGUUACCGAAGAAGAAACAUUCAACUUUUUAAGACAUUUUGUGGAUUCUGUUGCUUUAUUUGAAUCACAUAGAGAUAUUAAAUGUUAUACUUUGAUUUCAGGUGUUACCAAAGUUUUUGGUACUUCACCCGAUCUUGUUCAAGAUUCUUCACAAAUACCAUAUGAUUUCCAACCUCAAAUUAUAUUAAUAAAUAGAUCACAUUAA